AUGCGUCGAGGAGGGUGGAGGAAUCAUGCCAGCAACAGUGAUGGCUGGGGUGCCUGGGGUGGAUAUAUGUCGGCAAAGGUUCAGAAAUUAGAUCAGCAGUUCCAUCUGGAUGCCCCAGUGCAGCAACAGAAUGAAGGAACGUCAUCUAAUAUCUUUAACGGUGUAUCCAUUUAUGUCAAUGGCUAUACAGAUCCCACUGCAGAUCAGCUGCGCCAUCUAAUGAUGCUGCAUGGAGGUCAAUAUCAUGUGUAUUAUUCCCGAUCUAAAACAACACACAUUAUUGCCACAAAUCUCCCGAACAGCAAAAUAAAGGAGCUGAAAGAUGAGAAGGUUGUACGUCCUGAGUGGAUUACAGAUAGCAUAAAAGCUGGUCGUCUCCUUUCCUUUGUACCCUACCAGCUUUACACAAAGCAGUCUAGUGUUCAGAAAGGCCUGGACUUCACAUUUAAAUGCAGGACAGAGAAUUUCCACUCCGGGUCAAGGAAUGUCAGUCAAGAUUUCAACCAUAAAGUAAAUCUUUUAGUAGACAAAACUGAUCAACUUAAUGGAGUGGAUGAAUUGGAAGAAGAAGAGGAUGAAGAAAACUUUGAACAAGGAAAAGAGGAUUUUGAUCUUUGGGAUCUGGAAGAAAAAUCUUGUGAUCCCCAGGUUAAUGGAAUACAGAACCACAAAGGCAACACGGAUGUUUUUAAUGGACGUAGCUGUAGCUCUAAUGGUGCCUUAAAGUCACUGGAUGUCUCAGUGCAAUCAAGUAACUCUUUCACAAGUAGACUUCACUUAUUGCAGCAGCAGGAAAAGCCUAGCGCAGGCACUACAGACUGCACUUUAGAGCAGUUACAACCAAACAGUGGGCACACAGGUGUUCCAUGUGACCCACACAGAACUGCGUUAAACUCAACCUCAUUCUCAUAUUUGCACAAUAACAAUAAACUCAAUGGUGCUCACCAUUCUCUCCAGGGGCCUUCAAGCACAAAAAGCACUACCAUGCAUUUGCCUACCAAGGCGGCCUCUCCACAGCUGCCUAAAACGGCUGACUCUAAUUUUAUUUCAGACUUUUAUUCUCAUUCUCGACUUCAUCAUAUAGCAACAUGGAAGUGUGAGUUCACAGAAUUUGUCCGGGAUCUGCAAACUCAAAGUAAUGGCAUUUUCUCUGGUCGGGAGAGAUUAAAAAAGAUGAAAACGGGUGCGUGUGCUUCUAGCCCUCUAAAGUGCCAGAACUGUAUUAUUCAUGUAGAUAUGGAUUGCUUUUUUGUAUCUGUUGGCAUACGUCAUCGACCAGAUUUGAAAGGAAGACCAGUUGCUGUUACAAGUAAUAGAGGAAGUGGAAAGGUGUCUUCCCGUGAGGGUGCUAAUCCUCAGUUGGAGAUGGAGUACUAUCAGAAAAGGAUAUUGAAAAGCAAAGCAGACAAGGAAAACCCCAGCACACUAGAGCAAGCUGCACAGAACAAUGUAAACUCUGCCCAAAUAAAUGGAGUGGACCAGGGUAGUUGUGUACGGGACAAUCCAGUCUCCAUGCAGAAGAAUGACGUGAACCUGGAUACCUCACAGCUGUCAUUAGCAGAAAUUGCAUCUUGUAGUUAUGAAGCAAGGCAGGCUGGUGUGAGAAAUGGAAUGAUGUUUGGGAAAGCUAAGCAGCUUUGUCCUGAUCUACAAGUUGUUUCGUAUGAUUUUGAUGCAUACAAAGAAGUUUCCAUGACCUUGUACAGAACAUUGGCAAGUUACACUCAUGACAUUGAAGCUGUGAGCUGUGAUGAAGCCCUUGUUGAUAUCACAGAAAUUCUUGCAGAGACCAAACUCAGCCCUGAUGAUGUUGCUAGUAGUAUUCGUGCUGAAAUUAAAGAGAAAACUUUGUGUUCAGCUUCUGUUGGAAUGGGAUCUAACAUUCUUCUGGCAAGGAUGGCAACUAGGAAAGCUAAACCUGAUGGACAGUAUCAUUUAAAACCUGAAAAAGUAGAUGAUUUUAUUAGAGGUCAGCUAGUCACAACUUUACCAGGAGUUGGCCGGUCUAUGGAUUAUAAAUUAACAUCAUUAAACAUAAAUACGUGUGGUGAUCUUCAGAAUCUUUCAAUGUCCAAACUUCAGAAAGAAUUUGGGCCUAAAACAGGUCAGAUGUUAUACCGAUUCUGCAGAGGAUUAGAUGAUCGGCCUAUUAGAAAGGAGAAGGAAAGAAAAUCUGUAUCUGCUGAAAUAAACUAUGGAAUCCGUUUCAAACAGGUCAGUGAAGCAGAGGCCUUUCUGAUGAGCCUUUCAGAAGAAAUCCAAAAAAGGCUUGAGUCUGUGAAAAUGAAGGGAAGAAAACUCACACUUAAGAUCAUGGUGAGAAAAGCAGGAGCACCCAUAGAACCUGCAAAAUAUGGAGGUCACGGAAUCUGCGAUAAUAUAGCAAGGACAGCAACCCUAGAACAAGCAACAGAUAAUGCCAAAGUAUUUGGAAAAGAAGUUCUAAAAAUGUUUCAUUCAAUGAAGUUGAAUGUUUCAGAUAUGAGAGGGGUGGGACUUCAGAUGCACCAGUUGGUUUCAGCACAUGCAUCUAAUUGUGGCCCCUUGCCACUUAAAUCUAGCCUGAUGCCAGGAGUGUCCCGUUCACUGAUUGACAUGUUUCAUGAUAAGAGAAAAAAGCAGCCCACCGAAGAACUACCUGAGAAUAAGACAGUUUUUGUUGCUGCUUUGGAUGUUCAGAUUUCAUCAGCAUUCGGAACAUGUACUUCCAUUACUUCUUAUAAGAGUGAAGCUUCUAGCCAAGAUCCAAGUACCAGCAAAGCAGCCUUCCCUGUGAGGAAGAAUGGCCUGCACAGUCCUAUCAGUGUUAAAUCAAGAGUUAAUUUCACUAUUGAAGUUCCAUCCCCUUCUGAGAUUGACCCAUCUGUCCUGGAAGCUCUACCUCCAGAUAUCAGGGAACAGGUGGAGCAGACAUUUGCUGCUCAGCAUAGACCACCUUCUGCCGAGAGCAAGAGACAGGCCUCAGACGACAACAGCACUGAGCAGCCAGUGGCAACUGUCCUUUUACAGAUUCCACCGCUGUCAGAGCAUGGAGAAGAGGCAGGCAUUAAUGUCAUUGCCUUACCAGCCUUUUCGCAGGUAGAUCCAGAAGUGUUUGCUGCUCUGCCCACUGAUCUUCAGGAAGAGUUAAGAGCUGCUUAUGGUCAAAGGAACAGGCAGUCAGACAGUAACAUUGGUACAAACGCUGUACUUGUUCCAAAAAAUCCUUUGCUGCAAUUAAAACGGCCUCCCAUGAAGUCAAAGAAAAAAAGUAGAAAGAAAAAUCGAGGUAGUCCUGUAAAGAAGAUGCAGAGUCCCCUGAAGAAUAAGCUUUUUGGUAGCCCAGCUAAAAACUUUGGAUAUAAUUUGAGUCCACAGAAGCUUAAAGAUGGGACCUUAAAACAAGAAGCCAUACCUCCUGGGCAAUCUCAGGUUGAAUUAGGUCCCACAACUUCAAAUGCCCAAGGAUCCCUGACAGAAGGAUGCAAUUCCCACAGAGCAAAAGCACCCAACUUGGCUGGUGCCAUUGAGUUCAAAGAUGUGAAAACCCUGCUAAAAGAGUGGAUAACUACAAUUUCCGAUCCUAUGGAAGAAGAUAUAUUACAGGUGGUGAAAUAUUGCACUGAUCUAAUAGAAGAAAAAGACUUGGAGAAAUUAGAUUUUGGUCAUAAAAUACAUGGGAAAAGGUUAAUGCAGCAGUCUGUGGAGUCUGUUUGGAAUAUGGCAUUUGACUUUAUUCUGGACAAUGUCCAGGUGGUUUUACAGCAGACAUAUGGAAGCACAUUGAAAGUUGUUUGA